UAUCAAACCCUAAUCUUUCUCUCUCUCCACACACACACACACAAACCCUAAUAACUACGUGACAUUAAAACCUGAAAACAAACCUACAAACCCAACGUGAAAAUGAGUGCAAAUCCUAGCACUAGUCACACCGGUGGUAGUGGCGGAAGUAGCACCGGUGGCGGCGGUGUUGGUGGGCCGUGUGGAGCUUGCAAGUUCUUGAGAAGAAAGUGUGUGGCAGGCUGCAUAUUCGCACCAUAUUUCGAUUCGGAACAAGGUGCGAUCCAUUUCGCAGCCGUGCACAAGGUGUUUGGAGCCAGUAAUGUCUCCAAGCUCCUGUUACAUAUUCCGGUUAACAAGCGGCCCGAUGCCGUGGUGAGCAUAUGUUAUGAGGCUCAAGCCAGGCUUCGAGACCCUGUCUAUGGCUGCGUUGCUCAUCUCUUUGCCCUUCAACAACAGGUUGCGAAUUUACAAGCUGAGAUCUCUUAUCUUCAAUCGCACCUAGCAACCCUAGAGGCUCCAACGCCUCCACCACCAACUCAACCACGAGAUCCACCCUCCGAAUUUUCCAUCGCCAGCCUUCCGGUAACCUCAUGUGUUCCAGCCAACUAUGAUCUAUCAGUACUUUUCGAUCCAAUGGUUCAAUCUUCUACGUGGCCCAUGCAACCAUCACCACGACAUAUGGAUCCCGUUCAAUUCAGUGGUGGCAACGCCAUGGACACUCCGCCACAACAUAGCAGUUGUGGCAUCGGUGAUCCGCAUGAGGUGGCUAGGGAACUUUUGCAAAGGCAGGGCACUGAAUCUUCGGAAACUUUAACCUUGCCACCACAUAGUAGCUGAGGUGAAACACUUUAACUUUUUAUAUUGACUUUAUCAAUUGACCACAGGAGUUUGACCUUUGACAUUUGACAUUUUCUGUAUGUUACUUUUUCUUUUAUUUCUCAUGUUGUCUUGAUUUUUUUAAAUUUCUGUUUAGUUUUAAUCAACUGUUUACAUAUACAAAAUAAUGUAUAACGAUGUAGUUAUAUUUC